CAUAUUUCAUGUAUGCUGUUUUGCCUAAUAUCAGUGCUUACUGGCGCCUGGUUUGUUUUUAUUUAGGAUGGGACAAAUGGUGAUUGGUAUUUCCUGCACUGGACUGGGCAGACUGGAUUCAGAAAGCACAGAGGCUCAACACUGAGGCAUAGACCACAGACAUCUCCUACUGGAGUAAGGCACCUGUGAUGGAAAAAAAAAUGUUCUCCUAGUCCCAGGGGAAGUUUGAUUCUGAAUACUGGUGUGCUUUUUAAAGGUAUCUUGCUACAUCACCUCUUCACAGAUUGGAUUCUUACACAGCUUUUAUGAACAACUGACGAUACAAAGGACAAUGCACAGUGUGUAUCCUGAUGACAUUUUGUGUGCUACAACAUGGUUUUUGUCAUGGCAUCUGAGACUGAAAAGGCCCAUGCUCUUCUUCAGACUUUCAGCACAGCGUCAGUUAUUUCCAGUCUAGGUUUGGGGAUAUUCUGCUUUGUAGCAGACAGACUUCUGCAGUUUUCCUUCAUUCAGCAAAAUGACUGGCUCCGAGCCUUAUCUGAUAAUGCAGUGCAUGGUAUACUGGGGAUGUGGUCCUGGGCAAUAGUGAUUGGACUCAGGAAGAAAAGUGACCUCACUGAGAUCACCCUGGCUGGCUUCCUUGCCUCUAUCAUUGAUGUGGACCACUUCUUUCUUGCUGGAUCUCUGUCAUUAAAGGCUGCUCUGACUCUUCCACGGAGACCACUUCUUCAUUGUUCUACUGUGAUUCCUGUGGUGGCUCUGACAUUAAAGUUUAUCAUGCAACUUUUCAGGCUUAAGGACUCAUGGUGCUUUCUUCCCUGGAUGUUGUUCAUAUCCUGGACUUCUCAUCAUGUCCGUGAUGGGAUUCGUCAUGGCCUCUGGAUCUGCCCAUUUGGAAAAACUCCUCCCUUGCCGUAUUGGCUGUAUGUGGCAAUUACAGCAUCUUUACCUCAUCUAUGUUCAUUUAUUAUGUAUUUAACGGGCACUAGAGAAUUAAUGUCUAUAAAACAUGGAAUUCGCAUUGAUGUAUAGGAAUAAUGGCUUUUGAAAGUGGUUUGUGGUAGCACUUGAAAUAACCUGUCUGUCUGUCACUGAAGGGUUUCCUUAUGUUUGCUGCACCUUCUGAGUUAGUAAUUUUAAGGUUGUGGAGCCAAUUACAGCUCUUGUGUCAAUUCCUUGUGGUCAUAGAACCUAUUUAAGGAAUGAUAAUAAUUUUAUAUCUGUACAUUUCCCUUGUACAGUGUGUGGUCUUCCAUGAUAGUUCAUGCAUAGCGAGCUGAUUAUAAAGUACUUAGUUCCUCUCUGUAGUAAUUACAUUACAUUUUACUGUCAUGGUAAAGUACUUUCUAUUACUGCCAUUCAUCUGAUCGGUAUUCACUUUGGAUUUGUAUUCUGCCUUCGGAGAAUACAUUUCAUCCAGAUAGUAUCUGUAUAGCACUUUAAAAUUGUGAAGUUCUAUAUAAAUGCUAGGUAUUACUGAAGAUUUAACAGUGUAUGGCACUUCUAAAAAAUCACUCAGUUAGCCUUUUGAAUUUAUUUAUAUGUUAGGAGGCUGGCUGGACUUUCGUAUUCAACCAUUUGAAAAGAAAUACUGCCUGUAUUUCACACUGUCUAUCCACACCUCUUUGAACUUGUAAUCACAGAGUGUUUUACUAAAUUCUAUAUCCCCGUGUAGUUGCUUAGUACUAAAUUUGCAGAUAUUACUAGCUUCAAAAUUAGAAUGGUGUAGACAGUUUGGUUGUAGUAUUAUGAUGUGCUGGCCAAAUUGUUUAAUUUUGAAAAAUACACUAAUUAUGAAUACUAUUUAAUUUGAACCAGGGAAUUUUAGUAAAUAUUUAAGAAUUGUGUGAAGUUUCAGGGAGACACAAGAAAAUAAAAACUGCUUAUAACACAAGUUUGCUUAAAGACACUACUACUCAGUAAAGCAUUUUCCAUUAAGUGCAAUAUCAUCCUCAUAAUUGUAAAAUAAAAUGCAUUAUUAUUGUUAUUAAUAUUAUUAUCAUCAUACUGAAAUAGAAAUUUCCUCAUAAAAAAAGUUCCAUAAGGAAAAGUAUUAUUAUGCUGCAGUUUAUGAGGUAGUAAUUUGCACUAUGGACUAUUCAGUUUUCAUUUAUAGACAUCUCUCAGAGUCCCAAAUUAAAACUUGUCUGGUCUUGUCUAACUAGACAAGACUGUCUGGAUUUGUGUAGUUUAUGAUGAACAAGCUGAGAAUGUCUAUUAAUAAUUUUUAAAUUUUUUAUUCUCCACCCAUUGAAGAGAUGGGGCCUUAACUACUCCAGCUUGUGAUGAAUAGCUGUCAAAGGGGAUCAUUUUUAUGGAACAGCAUGUAUUAGGUAGCAUGUGCUUAACUUAGGUUACCAAUGGGUGUAAGCAAUGGGUUUAAGCAAUGUGUAAAUUUACGUUAUUAAAUGUAAUAGAAUAAAGUUUAAAAAAAAUUAUUAAGUAGUAUGUCUGUCUUAAUGAGUACCAGAAACUUUCUGUAGCUGCAGAAUACUUAAGGCUCUUUGCAGCACUCUGCUAAUCACGGAAAGCAUUACACCUCUUUAAAAUGUCUUUGCAGCAGAAGAAUAGUCCCUGUCAUGUCUGUUCUUCAUGUUAGGAAUGUAUGCCAAUGCAAAUUUGGUAGUUUGUACAAUAGUGCAGUGGGCCUGUCUAUCCUUUAUUAUAAAAUGAAUAAAAGGUUUCUUUCUUGGAAAGAAGAUUGGAAGAACAAAACAUUCCUUAGAGGGUUAUCCUCAUGCUGUGAAUUUCUGUCUUUUGGAGUUUUCCAGAGACAGCAUAAGAAAUGUCUUGCUUUAGAGCCCUCAGAUCAAAACUGUCUUUUAUCCAAAGCAUAAAGGUUUACUAGAGGAGCAUUGCUUAUUCAUUCACUUCUAUCCUAUAUUUUAAACUACAGGCUAUGAAAUGCCAAUAAUGAAUAAAUUUUGUGCAAGGGGUGAACACUGAAACCUGUGUAGAAAAUUUUCUGUAUUCUUGUUUCAUGGUAUAAUACUUGCAUAAUUUUGUGCUUUAUCCAGAUCUUUUGCAAAGGGAAAUGUAUAUAGGAACAAAGUGUAGAAUUACACUUUCUCACUUUUAGACUGUAGCUGUAGUGUUUCUGGUAACUGUAUGUCUGCCUCCAGUCCUUAAGAUCAGUACUGUACCAUUCUAGCUAUGUUUAAGGAUCAGUGCAUCUUCAGUAGUUUAAAACUACAUAUUUUAAUUCUCUUUAUUUCUAGAUAUUUCUGUGGGAGCUUUUACAGUUGCUUGGAGCUGUAUUUUGAAACUGUUUUCUGGCCGUGUUCUUACACCAGUUCUACCACAGCAAUAGGUUAACCCCUCUCAGAUACAUAUUAAGGAAAGUAGCAAGUACUUUUUACCAUGACUUCUUUCCCUCCAGACAGACAUGGCAGUCUCACACCUUAACCUGACAUUUAGGCAGCUUUAGCUGAGGCCAUCGGCAGCUUUUCAAGGUAAACUGACACUUGGCAUGUACUGCUAUAAUUUGUGGGUAGCCAGAGUAGGGUACAAAGGGGAAGUUAGAUGUUUGUUUCAGCCGGUUUGUCGUGGGCAGAAUGGGAGCUACAGUGAUUAUAGAGAAGACCUCCCGUUGGGUUACAAGGCACAGACAGGACCCUCUUGCUUUCUAAACUUCUAACAGAGGCCUCUGGGUGGAGCUGGACCCAUCCUUAGCCCCUCACUCAGUCAAUGGUUUAUGUUAAUGGAUUAAAUAGCCGUUAUUGAAGCUUUUCACAGCUUUGUCCCACAGGAUUUAGGUUGACAAACUAGAGAUAUUUAUAUAAAUUACUUAUUAUGAUAAUGAUGAGACUAAAAGAUCUUAAUCAGAAUUAUUUACUACGUAGUAUAAGUAGCUGUAACUACUAGUCUAGUUCAGUCCACUAUUUUUGAAGUAAUACUGAAGCAAUUUUAUUAAAGGUAGCAAAAGAAAUUAUGAAGCAGAGAUUGAUUUUACUAACCCUUACCAACAACUGUGGGCAAAUCUCACCUGGAUGCUGGUAUCACUUUUUACUACAGUGCAGUAUGUAUUAUACCAUGUGCCCUUAAUAAUUGGACAGUGAAUUAUUCAUAAUUGAUCCCACGUCUCAAAGAAAAUGAUGCUAAGUUUAAAUUAAACUGGAAUAAUUUUUACAGCAGUCCACUUAUUAUGAGAAGAACAUUUCCUUUGCUAAUGGAAAUAAAGUUCCAGAAAGAGAGAGAAGAGAUUAAAAUUCAGUCUGAUGGAAAUGUUAGUACAUAGUUAAUUUUGGACACAUUUGUUUUUAUUCCAUCAGUGUCAGUAUGAAGCUGAGUGAUGAAAU